GAAGUGAGAAUUGAAAAAAUUGAUUGGACAUGUGUUUGUGUACCUUGAAAAGUUUGUGUGUGUACCUUGAAAAGCCAUUUACAUGUGGCUUUUUAAAGUGGCGACAAGUCCAAAAACCACUAGUCUAGAACAUUAGUUGCUGGGGACCAGGCUCAGGCCUUAGAGCCAGCAGUUGUGGGUCUGUGCCCCAAGUCAGACCCUCCAGGACCUGCUGCCUCGAACAGGUUUUCUAGUCUUUGUAAACUCCAGUUUCUGUUCUCUUCUGUAAAUUGGGCUCAUACCUCUGGAAGCACUUUGAGAACUGAAUGAAACUUCUGAUUCAGUUUCUGGCUGAACGUCUUGUCCCUAAGCACAGGGACUUCUGACUUGCCCCAGAAGCUUGUAUCCUAACAUGUCUUUCCUGCCUUCCCUUCAGCAGCUGCAGCACAGUCCUCAGCAGACAGAGAAAUGAGAAAAAUACCAAAUAAUGGGAACCUGAAGAUGACAAAAGUGGCGUACCCCCUGGGGCUGUUCAUAUGCCUGUUCAUCUAUGUCGCCUACAUCAAGUGGCACUGGGCCUCUGCCACCCAGGCCUUCUUCAGCAUCACUGAGGUGGCAUCAGGGGCCCGGAGGGGCCACCAGGCUCACAGUGCCCCAGGGACAGCUGCACAUGGUCAUGAAGUUUUCUACGGCAUCAUGUUUGAUGCAGGAAGCACUGGAACCCGCGUCCACAUCUUCCAGUUCAGCCGGCAGCCUGGAGAAACUCCCACUUUGACCCAUGAGACAUUCAAAGCACUGAAGCCAGGUCUUUCUGCUUAUGCUGAUGAUGUUGAAAAGAGCACUUCAGGAAUUCAGGAAUUACUGGAUGUUGCUAAACAGGAUGUUCCUUUUGACUUCUGGAAGGCCACCCCCUUGGUCCUCAAGGCCACAGCUGGUUUACGUCUGUUACCAGGAGAAAAGGCUCAAAAGUUACUGCAAAAGGUGAAAGAAGUGUUUAAGGCAUCGCCCUUCCUUGUAGGAGAUGACUGUGUUUCCAUCAUGAACGGAACGGAUGAAGGCGUUUCAGCGUGGAUCACUGUCAACUUCCUAACAGGCAGUUUGAAAACCCCAGGAAGGAGCAGUGUGGGCAUGCUGGAUUUAGGCGGAGGAUCCACUCAGAUCACCUUCCUUCCGAGAGUUGAGGACACCCUCCAGACCUCCCCGCCUGGCUACCUGACGUCACUCCAGAUGUUUAAUCGGACCUACAAGCUCUAUUCUUACAGCUACCUGGGGCUCGGUUUGAUGUCGGCACGGCUGGCGAUUCUGGGUGGCAUAGAGGGGAAACCUGCUGAGGAUGGAAAGGAAUUGGUCAGCCCUUGUUUGUCUCCAGGUUUCACAGGAGAGUGGGAACAUGCUGAAAUAACAUACAGAAUUUCAGGACAGAAGGCAGCAGUGAACCUCCAUGAGCUAUGUGCCAGCAGAGUAUCGGAAAUCCUUCGAAACAAAGUGCACAGAACGGAAGAAGUGAAGGAUGUGGAUUUUUAUGCUUUUUCCUACUAUUACGACCUUGCUGCAAAUGUAGGCCUCAUAGAUGCAGAAAAGGGUGGCAGCCUCGUCGUAGGAGACUUUGAUAUCGCGGCCAAGUAUGUGUGCCGGACGGCAGAGACCCGGCUGCAGGGCAACCCCUUUCUGUGCAUGGACCUCACCUACAUCAGCCUGCUGCUCCAAGAGUUUGGCUUCCCAGAGAACAAAGUGCUGAAGCUGACUCGGAAAAUCAACAAUGUUGAGACCAGCUGGGCUCUGGGGGCCAUUUUUCAUUACAUCGACUCCCUGAGCAGACAGAAGAGUCCAGCCUUAUAGCAGCCAAGCCGCCCUGGCCAACCUCACAGAAGUGGCUCCGUCUCCAUGAGAACAGACCUUCAUGAGAAUAGACCUUUGUGGAACCCCUUGACAUGUUGGGAAGAAGCUGCUACUCUCCCUUUGGCCUUGCAGAGUUGCCCCUGGACGGGCAGAGGGCUGUAGUGUGACCCAGGCCCAAUGUCUCUUGCCUUGGCUCCAGGUGGACAGUGAACCAGAUAGGGCAAAGGACACAUGCCAAGGCCAGGGUGAUGCAGCCACACCAUCCCCGACCUGUCCCUCUCUGCAGGAUGGAGUGGUUGUAACGUGUUUCUGUGAUAAGAGUCUUGUUUUAUCUCCCUGCCCCUGUCUGGUCCCUCCCCCCAUGCCCAGGACAGACCUUCACCUUCUCCCCAGAGACUCGGUGGGGAGUUUGUACAGGCUGCCUGGCUGCUCUCAGGGAGGGCUGGGUGGCAGCCACCAUGCCCUCUGGGACAGGGGUUCUGUCAGACUUGAAUGUGUUUGCCUCCUCCUUGGAUGUAGAUGUGUGAGGUCAUCCAGAGGUCUGUUUUUUCAGGUUCUUGGAUGGCUUGGAGCUGAUAAGAGUUGGCCCUGUGAAUGGGAAGAGGGGCUGGGGGAAAUAACUCUCGUGUACCCCAGCCCUACAGAGGAGGUUUGAUUGUGAGCGUGAACUGCUUGCAAUAUCUAUGGCUGUGCUGUGUGAGUGAUGUCUCCAUCGUGUGGUGCUGAGUGUUUGUGUAGCAGUUGUGUUCUGAGCCCCAGUGGAUGUAUCGCUACCGUGAGCCAUUUGCAGCUGAGCAGUGUUGAAGACACAUACCAGUCCCCUGUGGGUCAGGCAGGCUGCAGUCCCUGGAGCUGCCGUUCCUGGAGCUGCCUUCUGGCUGUGCUGGGGUGUGGGGCCAUGUCCAUCCACAGGACACUGGGAGCUCCACAGGGCACUGGCCCAGACUCUACAUUGGGGUGCAAGAUCUGUGAGAUCUGGUCCCCUGGAUCACAGUCGUUCCUGUGGUACAUGUAUGGUAUGUGGAAUAAGCUAAACAUUAUGUGUUUCACUCAAAAUAAAGGGUUUACAAGGGU